UAAAAACAUCAUCAUUUAUAAUACUGAAACAACACAAGACAACGCAUGUUUUAAAGAAGAAAUUUGGGACUUUUGUGAAUAUUGUAUUCAAUAACAGAGAUACAUUUUCAGUUGUGAGGAGAAUAGUGGUCUUUUAAGUAUCAUUACAGAAACAAUGCUUACAAUGAACUGUGAAAUCCAACAUACGGACAGACGGACGGACGAUCACUCCGAUACUGGAAGUGAUGCAGAGAACACGUCCCAUGUGGUGGACUACCGAACAGACGGACACUUGUCGCUUCCGCUCACCACCCCUGAGCGCAGCCUCACCCGGAAGUUCGACGAACGCCUAUCUGACGAAUCCUCGUGUGAUGGAGAUACAGAAGUGAGCCCAUUUCCGCCGGGGAAGAGGUUCAAACCAGAAACCUAUGAGGAUGAUGCGAAAACUGGUGGCUUCUAUGGGAAAGACGCUCUUGUUGACGAGAACGGCAUACGGCGGUACCGAACGGCCUUCUCCCGGGAGCAGAUCGCGCGGCUCGAGAAAGAGUUCUUCAAGGAGAACUACGUGAGCCGCCCCCGUCGCUGCGAGCUCGCCCAGGAGCUUAACCUUCCUGAGAACACCAUCAAGGUUUGGUUUCAAAACCGCCGCAUGAAGGACAAGCGUCAGCGUAUGGCUAUGGCCUGGCCCUAUGGAAUCGCGGACCCCCAUCUGUACGCCUACCUCGCUGCUGCCGCCGCCACCUACCCAUACGGAAUUCCGCAGUCGGCUCCCGUCGGCUACUACGGCUCUCUCGGACUCUCCCGGCCAGCCGUUCCAACAUCCGUUCCUACCUCUCACAUGACGUCACAACAGAUCGGAGCGCUCGGGCAGUAUACGUUUCCCAGUCCCCUGCGUCCGAGCCAGGAACCGCUUCCGGGAAUGUCGUCCGUGUUCCUCUCCGGAAGAUCUCCACUGUCUCAACAUCAGCAGCACCAUCCGAUGCAUAGCUCCCCUCUAACAGGAAGCCACGAAAGAUCGCCCCAAAUUCUCAAUACAAGCGGUGCUCUCAAUUCAAGCGGCGGCUCCAUCUCACCACCACUGGAUGAGUCCUCUUUCAACGCAUCACUGCACGCGUCAGUGAAUCCCUUUCUCGCCGCCUCUUACCGGAAGUCUCCAGACCAACUAUCUCCAAACGUCCCUACAGUGAAAUCCACCGGAAACGCCCGCACGAAACAGUCGUCAGCGCAACACAGAACGUCUCCUCCUGCGCUUUUCCGUCCGUUUGACACAGAUCGACCAUGAACGCCAGUCGAAAUCCGCGAUUCUUAUAUGAGGACCAAAUUACAUCGUUUAACACAUUAACUUACUUACAUUUGACUUAAGUUUUUAUGUUGCACUUGGAUUAUUUUUUUUGGAACACACAGACUUUGUUUUGGAAUGUUUAAUUUAACGUUGAUGUAUGAUACGUGUUUGACUAUGCAUUUCCUGUCAAACAUGUAUAUAUACUGAGAAUUUGUCGCAUAAUACUUGUUCAAGUUAAUUUGUCAAAUGGUUGCAUUGAAAUCGACACUGAUUUAUUAUGGGUGCACUUGAACUGUAAUUGUAUUUUAUACUGUUUUAUAUUUGUUGUUAUGUAAAU